CGACACACUAGUGGUGAUCCGGACAGGAAUAGCUCGCUAAAGUUAAGACGUUAGGUGUCGAAAACAUUGUUUCAGAUAAUGUCUGAAUGUUUAACGUUAAUAAAAUGAGAUAUUACCCAAUUUUGGGUCGAAUAUCGGAUGCCAACUUAAUGCAAGUCCGAACCAGUAAAAUGCAAAGAAGCUCGUUAACUUGUGCCGUUAGUUAGCUAACGUUAUCUGUCUAUCUAAUUUAGUUACCAUCAACUACUAAACAUUCCCCUAUGUUUCGGAACAUUGGGCUGUCGAUCGUGCAUUUUUAUGGAAGAUUGGCUAUAAUUUUAUACUCGUCGACCAUUGCUUUUUGUUUAACAAUUUUCACGGCGUGUUAGCAACUGGCCAUCAACUCUUGUAUUUCGUGCUCCGUGGCUAGUUAUCCAGCCACACUCCGUGCACUUCCCCCACUCACCUCAUUCUCCAGCCGGCAAGCCCGCUAAGUAAAAUGAGGCAAGCAUCAACCAUUUAACUAUGUAGACUACUACAAAUAUGGAUUGUUUGGAUGUAUGAGGACACAACCAUCUCAUUGUAAGGCCUCUGUCAAGGAGAUCAGGAGAGGGGAUGGACGAGCAGAAAUCAAACUGCGAAGAAAAUGACUCUGAACCGACAGCUGAUGACAGCGCCCCUAUGGAGCAGCCAAUCCCCUCAGAGGGGGAGUCAGAGGCCCCUCUGGCUGCAGAGGACUCCUCUGAAACUGUUGCUGCCUCUUCCAGCACAGAUGUGGAGAGCAGUGUAAGGGUCUGUGUUCUAUGUAACUGUGUGGAGCGCAGCCUACACGGACAACGGGAACUCAGACAUUUUGGGCCAUCUUCCUCCCGGCCCGCCCUGGAGUCCUCCGCUUCCUCACUGCCAGGGCCCGGGAACGAUGACCUGUCUUCCAUCGGAUUCUCAGACUCCGACGCAUCCUGUCUGGCAGCACUCUUUGAUGACACAGGGGGCUGCUGGGUGCAUCACUGGUGUGCUGUUUGGUCAGAGGGAGUGAAGCAGGCGGAGGAGGCUGAGAGGGAGCUGGAGAAUGUGGACAAGGCCGUCAUCUCAGGGACACAGCGGCUGUGUGAAUAUUGCAAGCGUCUGGGUGCUACCAUCCGCUGCCAUGCUGAGGGCUGCUCACGGUUUUACCACUUCCCCUGCUCUGCUGCCAGCGGCUCCUUCCAGUCUAUGAAGCUCCUGGCUCUCCUCUGUCCAGAGCACGUGGACAAGGCUGAGGAGAUGGCGGGUGAGGAGGCGUGGUGCGCUGUCUGUGACUCUGCGGGGGAGCUGCUGAACCUGCUGUUCUGUACAGGCUGUGGGCAGCACUACCACGCCUCCUGUCUGGAGAUCAGUGCCACGCCCAUACAGAGGUCAGGGUGGCAGUGCCCGGAGUGUAAAGUGUGCCAGACAUGCAGGCAACCAGGGGAAGACUCCAUGAUGUUAGUAUGUGAUGCCUGUGAUAAGGGCUACCACACCUUCUGUCUCCAGCCAGCCAUGACCUCUCUUCCCUCCGACACAUGGAAGUGCAGAAGGUGUCGGGUGUGUGUGGACUGUGGUGCUCAUGGUCUGACGCUGCCCGGCUCAACCCACUGGUUUGACAACUAUGCCGUGUGUGAGGGCUGCCAACGUACCCGCAGCGCUAUGUGUGGUGUCUGCAGCAAAGCCUCGGAACCACCCGUCAUGCUGCCGCGCUGCAUCAGCUGCCUCAGGUGGGUUCACAGUGAAUGCUCCUCUAUAUCAGAGCCACCUGAGGAAAAGUGUAUCUGUUCGCUCUGCCGAGACAGAGAGCCUCUGGCAGACCCUGUCACACAGACAGACAUGGUGGAAAUGCAGAUUACAGAGAAAGACCGGUCUGAGGUGACGAUAGAAGGACAGACUGACACAUUGGCUGAGAUGACACUCCAGACAGAAGCAGCGGGUGAAGUUACGAUAGAAGGACAGACGGACACAUUGGCUGAGAUGACACUCCAGACAGAAGCAGCGGGUGAGGUGACGAUAGAAGGACAGACUGACACAUUGGCUGAGAUGACACUCCAGACUGAAGCAGCGGGUGAGGUGACGAUAGAAGGACAGACGGACACAUUGGCUGAGAUGACACUCCAGACUGAAGCAGCGGGUGAGGUGACGAUAGAAGGACAGACGGACGUGUCCAAGAUGACCGGGGUACAGACGAAGACCAAGUCGGACGAGGAGGUGCCCAUGGAGCUGGGGACGGGGGCUGAAGUGGUAGAAACAACAGGGGUAGAGGAGAGGCCUCAGCUGGGAACGGAGGAAGUCCCUGCAGAACAGCCCAUGGGCCAGGCUGAGGUUAUAGAACAAUGUGAAACAACAGAACAACAGGAGGCUUCUAGUUUACCUGUGGAUGAGAGGCCAGAGAAGGCUCCUAGUCCGCCACCCCAACCCCAGGUCAGCCAUGUCCUUGAGUCUCCGGAGUCACCAGAACAGCAACCGCCACAGUGGCCAGAGCCAGCAGCAGUAGUAGAGCUGGGCCCUGUGCACAGAAAGGAGAAGAAUGGGGAGAACCAGGAAGUCAAACCCUCAACACAGCAGCAGACCAAACUGGAGGAGAAGAGAAGCAGUGAGGGCAUGUCUACCACCUCGCCAGAGUCACCAGCCCCUCCCAUCUCCACGCAAGAGGUGGAGCAUGUUUCCGUGGACACAGAUGAGGUGGGGCUAAAGGAGGAAGCCGCAAGGAACCCAAAGCAGGAGCGCUCAGGGUCUCCUCCUGCUCCACGUGCCGACACACAGGAGGCUGUUCCUACUGUGGACAUGGAGGUCAGGGCUACUCACUCCGAGGAGGAGUUUGGAGAACAGGAGGAGCAGGGGAAGGAUGCAGACAGAGAGGGUCAUCAUAGUCAUCACAGAAGGGUCAAGAUCAAGCAGGAACCCCAGGAGCAGAGGAAGCCUGAUCAGCUCCUCCUGGAUGAGAUGUCCAAUCAGAGCCAUCCGAGUCACGGGGACGAGAGCAGUUCUGGCUUUCUGGGCUCCCCGACCGAAGGGGAGGCAGAGCCCGAUGCACAGCUCAGCAUGGAGCUCAGCCUCAUACCCACCGACCGCUCGCGUUCCGACUCCCUGCUCACUGAGACAGACGAUUCGCUGCCCUUUGACCCCCUCAAACCAGACGGGGAGAAGAAGAGGAGAGGCUCGCCGGGACGCUCCAGGGUCAAACAGGGGCGGGGCAGCAGCAGUUUCCCGGGGAAGCGGCGGCCUCGUGGUGGUGGUGGAGGCGGCGGUGGAAGGGGCCGGGGAGGUAGGAACCGCCUCAAAGCCAUGGCCUCCUGCAUCGACGCGUUCCUGCUGAGCAUGACAGCAGCAGACACUGGACUCAGUAAAGAGGAGGAGGAGGGGGAGGAAGAUGAGGCUAUGCAGAACACAGUGGUGCUCUUCUCAAACACUGAUAAAUUUGUCCUGCUUCAGGACAUGUGUGUGGUGUGUGGCAGUUUUGGGAAAGGUGUGGAGGGGCAGCUUCUGGCGUGUGCUCAGUGUGCCCAGUGUUACCAUCCAUACUGUGUGAACAGCAAAAUGACUAAGAUGAUGCUGCGUAAGGGCUGGCGUUGUCUGGAAUGUAUCGUGUGCGAGGUGUGUGGCAAAGCCUCCGACCCGGCCCGCCUGCUGCUCUGUGACGACUGUGACGUCAGCUACCACACCUACUGCCUGGACCCGCCCCUACACACUGUUCCCAAGGGCGGGUGGAAGUGCAAAUGGUGUGUGUCCUGUAUGCAGUGUGGUGCCAGCAGCCCAGGGUUCCACUGUGAGUGGCAGAACAACUACACCCACUGUGGCCCCUGUGCCAGCCUGGUCACCUGCCCUGUCUGCAGGGAGAACUUCAUGGAGGAGGAACUGCUGCUGCAGUGCCAACACUGUGACCGGUGGGUGCACGCUGUGUGUGAGAGUCUGUACACUGAGGACGAGGUGGAGCAGGCCUCUGAUGAGGGCUUUGCUUGUACAUCCUGCACUCCCUACGUCCCCAAACCCAUAGUAACGGUGGAUUCAACCUACAUGACAGCCAUGAAGAUAAAAGAACCAGAGCCUCAGUUCUACCGUUUGGAGGGGGUGUGGCUGACCGAGGCGGGCAUGUCCCUACUGCGCAGGAUUUCCAUGUCUCCCCUACACAAGAGACGGCAGCGACGCUCUCGCCUGGGCAUGCUGUGUGGUGAUGGAGGACCCGACAGCAUGGAGCUAAAGGACGGGGAUGGAGACGAAGGAAAAGGCUGUGGGGAGCCCAUGGAGUGUGAGCCAGGAGUUCCUGGUGUAAAACAGGAGCCUUCAGGGAGCCCAUACAGGGAGCUGGGAGCAGAGGGAGGUGCUGAGGGUAUGGAGGAAGGCCUCCUCAAAGGAGGAGAGGAGACGGACGAGGGAAAGAAGAGGAAGAGGAAACCCUACAGACCAGGGAUCGGUGGCUUCAUGGUGCGUCAGAGAAAGUGUCACACACGGAUGAAGAAGGGUCUGUUCCCCCAUCUGUCUCAUCUGGCUGGAGACGGAACUGUUAUGACAGACAGGCCGACAAGAGAGAAGCCUGCCCUCGAGGAAGGGCCUCACCCAGACACACCUACAGAUGGCGCCCCGGAGACUAAGCCAGCCGAGGGUGAAGGGGAGCAGGCCAAGAAACGACGAGGCAGGAAGAAGAGCAAACUGGAGGACAUGUUCCCAGCUUACCUGCAGGAGGCAUUCUUUGGUAAACAACUGAUGGACCUGAGUAAAAAGGCUCUCCUGGUUACCCCAGGACAGAGGCAUCAUGGGGCCAUGGGUCUCCUACGUCCUCCACUGCCUCAUGCACGGGGGGGCAGACCCACCGCUCCUGACACAGUGGAGGUCCGGGAGCGAGCGAUGGGGGCUGGGAUGCACCUGAAGCAGGAGGGGGGUGAGGGAUCACAGGCUCAGGUCGAGGGAUCAGUGUUGUCUUCAGCUGUCAAAGAUCAGGGUUCAACGGAUCCUCAAGGCUCCGAAAAGGAGAAAAAUGAAGGACUUCCUGAGGGCAUGGAGAGUCAGGACUCUGAGCAGUUCUUCAGGAAGGUCCUGGGGUCAUCAGAGGGUGUGUCUCUAGGAGGGUCCCUACAGAGCAGCAUGAGGCCCAUCCUAGAGGGAGGGAAGGGGGAGAUGAACUGCAGCAGUCUGCCACAGAGGAGCCUUCUCACAGUAUCGCUGCCCUCUGCUGGUAUGAUGGACUCCUUCCCUGGACUUUCUCAGUCUCCCUUCUUUGACAUGCGGGAAAGGGGUGGCCUGUUCAGUCCAGAUGGCGGAGAGGAAAGCCCGUGGGCCAACCCCUCCACCCCAGCCACCCCCUCCACCCCUCCUACCCCGACCGAGGCAGAUGGAGACGGACUGUCCUAUAACCAACGCAGCCUCCAGCGCUGGGAGAAGGACGAGGAGCUAGGAGAGAUGUCCACCAUCUCCCCUGUACUCUACGCAAACACAAACUUCCCCACUCUCAGGCGGGACUACCCAGACUGGUCCAGUCGCUGUAAACAGAUCAUGAAGAUCUGGAGGAAGAUUUCAGCUGCUGACAAGGUUCCUUUCCUGCAAAAGGCCAAAGACAAUCGAGCGGCUCAGCGGAUCAACAAGGCACAGAAGCAGGCAGAGAGCCAGGUGUGUCGGCCUAUCAAGACCGAGGGGGGUGGUGGUGUUCGGGUCAAAGGUGAACGUCCCAACCUGCACCUCCAGAUCCCCCCGCCCUCAGGUUCUGUCUCCACCUCCUCCCAACCCAGCUCGGCGGAGAGCCCCUUCCCUUUCCACCCUGACUCGGGAUCCUCUUCCACCUUCUUCCCUGACGGUCCUGUCAAGACCCCGGGCUCGGCAUCGGCAGAUAUGCGGACAGAUCCCUUUGCCAAGCUGCCUCCCCAGUCACCCCACCCCUCCACACCAUACUCCUCCCACCAGGCCGCCUCCAGCCCCAUGCAGGGCCAGGCCUCUUCCUCAGGUUACCCCCACCCCGGGCCACAGGCCCCUCAGGGACACACGGCGAGCCUUGGCCCCUUCGACAUGCAGCCAGGGAAUCCCCGGCGGGCUCAGCAGGUCGACCCCUUCUUCAGGCCGCAGCAACAGCAGAUCCAGGGUCACCUGCCCCAGUCACAGCAGGGCUCUCAGGAGCACGUAGGCCCCCCAGAAAGCCCUCGGUCCAGGGGUGGAGGGCCCGGGGACUCUCCUCUCUUCUCCCCGCCCCACACCACCCACUAUGGAGACCCGUUCCGAGGCCAGCAGCAGGGGAUGGGGCGUCCAGAAUACGGUUCCUCCCCCUCCCAGGUGUCCUCGCCUUCUGGGAUGGGACAUGGGCAGUACAGGGCUGAUAUAAGCGGGGGACCCUCUCCCCGCUCCUCCUCCACGGGACGUCAGGACCUGAGUAACACGGGCUCCCCUGCAGGGAUGCUGGACUCUGGGGAUGGCUUGUUCAAGGCUCCCAUGACACCACGGAUGCACCAAGGAGAGAGUGGGGUGGUACUCCAUCCCGGAGCCUCACCCAACCACCCCUCUGAGGGCUACCGCCAGUCCACUUCCACCCCGUUCCAGGACCCCUAUGCCCAGCCUCCCCUCACCCCAAGGCCCCAGUCUGGGGACAGCUGUUCCCCCCUCCCCCAGCAGAGGCACCCCCAGACUCAGCAGGAGUCCUGCCCCAGGGUCCCCUCCAGCCCCCAGUCCCAGGGCAGCUCCCUCUCCCCCCUCACUCCUGGAGCCCCCUCCAACGACGCAUUCUCUGUCCAGUCCCCAGCUUCCACCUCCCGCUUCCAGUCCCCUGACCCCUACUCCCGCCCCCCCUCACGCCCUCAGUCCAGGGACCCCUUCGCUGCUCUGCACAAGCCCCCCCGGCCCACCUCUGCUGCUCCCGAGGGCACCCCCAGCUUCAGAGGCUCACCUCACCCCAACCAGCCUCCCUCACUCCCCCCGUCGUCCACCCCUGUGGGGGACCCUCUCUCUGGGAACCCCUCUGGGCCGCAUGGGUUCAGCCGGGGCCCCAACACAGCCUAUCAAAUGGCCCAGCAGCAGCAACAACAACAACUCCUCCAACAACAUCAACAGCAACAACAAAUCCUCCAACAACAGCAACAACUCCAACAACUCCAACAACAACAGACUCAGACUAUAGGUGCCGACUUCCACUCCAGGAUGCCCCUCCAGCAGAACCCCACAGCCCCCCGCCCCCCGGAGGCACCUCACCCCCUGGGGGCUGUGCCCGGUGCCCAGGAGAUGCCCGACAUGUCAGCAGUUCAGGAUCCUUCACUACUGGGCCUCAGCCCCUCUGAGUUGGAGAAGCACAGACAGCGACAGAAACUGAGGGAGUUUUUGAUCCGGCAGCAGAUGCAGCGAAACUCAAUCCGGCAGGAGAAAGAGGCUGCAGCAACCAGCAGUGCUGCCUCCGGUUGGCCUGGAGGAGACAUGGCAGCAUAUCAGCAAGACAAAGCCCACCGUGCUCCACCACCCUACCCACAGGACCGUGCCGUUACUGCUGCUGGUGCCCAGGCAUCAUUAGCAGGGAAGAUGUCCCAUGCUGUGGGUCCCAUGGAUGUUGGCUGUCCGCCACCCCCAGGGACCCCUGCCAUGAUGGACCCCAACCAGCUCAGACAACCAGGGCCACCCAACCCCCAAGGCAUGUAUGGUCGUCCUCAGUUCCCUGGGCAGUGGCAGCAGGGCCCAGGUCCCCGUCGCUUCCCUCAGCCUGGCAUGGAGGGUGUGGGCCCCAGCCACCACCUCAACACUCCCCUCAACAUCCAGCAGGCCAUGCAGCAAGGUAUGGCUAACCCCCGUGGCCUGGUGCCUUGCCCUGGAGGGGAACCCAUGCAGCCAAGCAUGGACCCCGGAGGACCCCCACCACAGUUCAUCGAGCUAAGGCACAACUCCCAGAGGCUGCCCCUGGGUCCCCAGACUCCCCAACGAGGGCCCCAGCAACGGCCCCCCCUCUACAUCCCCCAGCAGCAGGAAAUGGCCCCCAGCCAGUUUGUUCAGCAUCCAGUGCCUCAAGGUAUGGACCCUCAGACAGAGGGGGUCAGAGACUCACGGCUGGGGCUACAGCAUGGUAGUAUGGGUCUAUUAAUGCCACAGCAGAGCACUGGCUCUUCGCAGCAGCAACAACAACAACAACCCCAUCUCCAAUCCCAGACAGGCACUCCUCAGACCCCUAACACUCUCAGCUCUCACUCUGGGCAGCAGCAUCAGACCUCCACAGAGACCCAGGCUGGAGCUCCAGGGGAAUCUAGUGUUGAUCUUCCCGAGCCUGACCUGGAGGACCCGUUUGCCCCCAAAGGGCUAGGAGAUGCCCCUGGGGAUGGAGGAGUGGAAGAUGAGGAUGAUCUGGCUCUGGAUCUAGACCCCGAUAAGGGUGACGACGACCUGGGUAAUCUUGACAACCUGGAAACCACGGACCCACACCUAGACGACUUACUCAACAGUGACGAGUUUGACCUGCUGGCUUAUACGGACCCCGAGCUGGACCAAGGGGACCCCAAGGAUGUGUUCUCGGACCAGCUGCGGUUGGUGGAAGCAGAGGGUGAAACUCCAGGUACCUCUGGGGCUCAGGACAACAAAGUGGAACAGAAACCAAAAGUUGAGCAAAACCCAACCCCAAACACAGGGGGUUCCAUGAACUCCUCAACUCUCCAUCCGUCCUCCUCUGAGUCUGCCGUCACCUCCAGGAUAAAGCUGGAGCCAGGCCAAGCUGUGGUGAAGGAUGAGAUGGGAGAUGCUGUCUCCAUGCUCCUUCAAACAAACAAACCCUCCACUCAACCAGAGAACCAGGGUGCUUCACUGAGCUCUGUGCGGUUAGGAGGGCUCCCAUACCCUCUGCCGGGUCAGGCUGAUUCAUUAUCCUCCCUGGGGGAGGACCCCCUGGCGCUGCCCGACGGAGGGGGACAGCACUCCCCUGCUGUGGAUCUAGACAAAGUUGAGAGCUCCCUGGAAGCCAGCGAGCUUCCCUUGCUGAUCCAGGACCUGCUUGAGCACGAGAAGAAGGAGCUCCAGAAACAGCAGCAGCAGCAGCAACAGCAGCAGCUCAGCUCCCUCCACCAGGGGGUGAUGGGGGGGCAUAUGGGAGGCCACCCCAACCCCCAGGGGGGUCCUGGACAUAUCAUGCUGCCCCAGCACCACCGCCCCCCACCCCAGAGCAUGAUGGGACUGCCAGGUAUGGUGCCACGCCCUCCACACCUUUUGCAGCAGCAAAGACUCAUGGGACAACCUGGGAUAAAGCCGCAGCACAUGGCUACCAUGGCUCAGCUACAAGGAGUGAUGAGGGUGGGGCAGCCUGGUGGCAUUCACCCAGGACUCAACCCUCAGCCGCAGCAGAUUGUCAAACAGUCAGCUCUGGCUAAUAACUUCUUCCCUGAUAAAGAUCUAGACAAGUUUGUGACCGACGACAUCAUGGAUCCCAUCGCCAAGGCGAAGAUGGUGGCACUGAAGGGCAUCAAGAGAGUUUUGGCACAGGACCCAAUGGGGGUUCCCUCUGGCAUCAACAGGCAACAGGUCUCUCUGUUGGCCCAGAGACUAGCUUCAGCGCCAGGAACAGGAGACCCUCAGGGUCAACUCGCAUCUGGCCCAUCUAAGGAAGGGGAAUGCAGUGACCCAACACAAUCAAGACCCAACCCUCCCCAGUUUGUCCAAGGGAUCAUCAACGAUGCAGAGCAGCACCAGUAUGAAGAGUGGCUCCUGCACACCCAGCAGCUGCUGCAGAUGCAGCUGAAGUUCCUGGAGGAGCAGAUCGGAGCUCACCGCAAGUCCCGCAAGGCUCUGUGUGCCAAGCAGCGCACUGCCAAGAAGGCAGGCCGUGAGUUCGCCGAGGCUGACGCAGAGAAACUCAAACUGGUCACUGAGGAGCAAAGCAAGAUCCAGAAACAGCUGGACCAGGUGCGAAAGCAGCAGAAGGAACACACCAACUUGAUUGCUGAGUACAGAAGCAAGCAGCAGCAGCACCAGCAGUGCUCUGGUCUCCUGGCCCCAGGGCCCUCUACUCAGGGGCCCCACAGUCUCUCCAAGAUGCCUGGGCAGAUGAUGGGUCAGCAAGGGGCUCCUGUGAUAAGCCAACCUCCAGGAAUCAUGCCCCAGGGAGGUAUGCCCAUCCGAAUGCCCCCACAGGGGCAGCCGUUCCUGGGAGGAGGCCAGCACCUUGGAACUCUGGGAGUUAGACCUCCUGGUCCUCCUGGUGGUCCACCUGCAGCGUUCUUCCCCCAGGGUCCAGGAGGAGUCCAAGGAGCAGACCCAAGACUUCUCCAGGAGAGACAACACAGGAUGCAGAUCAUUCAGAAACUACAACAGCAGCAGCAGCAACAACAGGCGAUGAUGCAAGGCCAGCAGCCCAUGCCACAUCCAGGUGGCCAAGCAGGUAUGUUGCCACAAUCACAGCCAGGCAUCAUGGGUAACCCUCUGAUGGGUCAACAACCAAACCUCCAACAGGGAAUGAUGCCCAACCAGGCCAUGUUGCCCCAGAUUACAGUACCAGGCCAGGCUGUGCCACAGCCACCGCAGACCCUGAUGGGAGGGCAGCCUAUGAACCAGCCUUUAGGCAUGACGGGAGCCCAGACAGGUACACAGCAGCAACAGAGGCCUCAGCUCAUGAUGGGUGAGCAGGGAGUAGUGGGACCCCCUCAGCUCCACGGACUCAGAGGACCUGGCCAGGCCCAGCUCACACCUCAACAACAACAAAUCCUGGCUCAGCGCAUGUUGGCGCAGCAGCAACUGAAGCUACAGCAGCAGCAACAAGUGGCACAACAACAGCUCAUUCAACCACCACCACAGGGCUUCAUCAGCCAACCCAACCAGUCUCAAGACUCCCAGGGAGGACUCUCUCAACCUGCCACCCCAGGUCAAAUGGGCUCUUCUCCAGCUUCAGCAGGGGGGAGCACUCGGGUCACCCCUCAACCAGCUGAGGUGCUGCAGCAGGGGGAGGGUGGCAUCCUUAGUCCUAUUUCUAGGACCCCUCCACAGCAGGGUGGACCUGGACCUUCAAUCCCGGGCCAGAUGACCCAACCAGGGGCUUCUGGAGAGCAACAGGCGGCAGUGGGACAACAGCAGCAGUACAUGGCCCAGCAGCAGCAGCCGGCAUUACAGCAACAACAACAACAACAACAACUCCUCAAAAUACAAGCUGGACUUCAACAGCAAGCAGGUUACCAACAGGUUGGCAUGCAUCCCCAAGUACAACAGCAGCAACCACAGCAGCAACAGCAGCUUCAUCAACAAACAUCUCUACAGCGACAGAGUUCCCUCAAUGCUGAUCCCUCAAAGUCUGGUUUGGUCACCGUCAAGCAGGAAGGACAGCAGAUGUGUUUCAUGGCCCAACAGCAACAACGACAACAACAACAAUUACAACAACAUAAUCUUAUGCAGCAAGCCCAAGACCCAAUUGGGCAACAACAACAACAUGACAGUAUGGGCCAGAUGCAGAAUGUGAUAGGUCAACAGAACCACCCUGGUCAGCCUCAACCUGUCCCUGGUAUGCCAGGCCACCCUAGUCCCCAGCAACAGGCCCUCAUGGCACAGCAGGCCCAGCAGCAAAAGCAGCAGGCCAUGAUGGGCAUGCUGAGAACCCAGCAGCAGGUCAUGAUGCCUGGCCAGAGGCCUGGAGUUCCACCCGGUCAGAUACGCACCCCAGUCAACAUCCAGGCUAUCAUAGCCCAGAACCCCCAGCUCCGACACCUCACCCCCAACCAGCAGAUCCAGCACAUCCAGGCCAUGAUCCAACAGCGCCAGCUCCAACUGCAGCAACAACAACAACAGGGCCAGAUGAUGAGGCUCCAGGUGUGUCAGGGACAGUCAGGGCAGAUGAGGCCCCAGGGGCCCCCUGGUCUGGGGCAGCAGGUCGGACAGAUCCAGAGAAUGCCUGGAGGUCUGGAGGCCCAGCAGAUGCACUAUGGAGGAGCUCUGGGGAAACCAGGGGGAUUGGGCUCCCCGCAACAACCAGGGAUGAUAGCCCCCGGCCAACCACCAGGCGUGGUGACUCCUCAGCUGCAGCAGCAAGGGAUCUUGGGACCUGUAGUCCAACAGCAGCAGCCAGGAGCCUCACCUCAGUACGCCUUGAGUGUCCAACAGCAGCAGAUGAUGCAGCAACAGGCCCAACAACACCAGAUGAGAGGCCAGCUGCCCAUGACUCGCUCCCCCAUGGGUCAGGUACGUGGUGGGCCCCCCCAAGGCUGCCAGAUCAGGCCCAUGUCUCCCCGUCAGCCCCUGGCCAACUCCCCAGGAGACCCCCAGCGGCACGCCAUGACACAGGGGUUGGGGAUGCGUCAACCCAACCCAAACCAAGUCAUGCAACACCAGCAACAACAGCUCCACAUAGCUCAAAAACGCUUCCAGGGCUCUCCCUCCCACGCAGGCUCCCCUGCAGGAUCCUCAGUCCAGAAACCGGAAGCAGGCAUGAGCCCAGCUACCCCAGGCACGCCACACUCCACCCACGUUGCCUCUCCGUCUGUAACCGACGGGGCAGCUGGGAAACGUAGUCCUUACAGUCAGAGCAAGCCCUCUCCUCUCAGGUCGCCUGGAGCAUCCAAGAGUCCCCUGGACUACCCUGGUCUUAAGGCCGAAAGUGGCGACACAACCCAGAGUCAAGUACCCCCGAAUAGACUUUCGCCUCAGAAGGGCGAGAAUGGACUGCAACAGCAUCCACAACAGGGCUCAGUGAACCAGGGUGGUCCUCAACCUCCACCAGGCUCCAGAGAGGGAACUCUGUGUAAGAUGACCCUACAGAACAUCAAACAGGAGCCCAGAGAGUUGACUUGUGACGGGGAAGGAAGUAGUGGUCCUCACUCUGGGGCCAUCAAAAGGGAGGUGACUGGGGAGCCGGUUGGAGGGUUUGGUAACAAUGGUCCUGGACUAGGAGGGGACCCUGGAGCCCACGUCCCUAGGACUGAGACAGGACAACAGCUACUGCAGAAGCUUCUAAGGACCAAGAAUCUGCAGCUGGCCGCUCAGAGGCCCUCUGAGGGCAUCCACAAUGAGAUAAACGGACACAUCAACAGCAAGCUGGCCAUGCUGGAGCAGAAACUACAGGGGACUCCACGCAAUAUGGAGGAUCUGCAAUCCAUCACAAAGAGGGCCCCUGUUGCCAAGGCAAAGCGAUCCAACAAGCCUGGAGAACGAGCACCCCAGUCCCGUAAGAAGAAGAAAGAGGAGAUUGGGAAGAGCACUGAGGCCCUGAUGAAACAACUGAAACAGGGCCUUUCUCUCCUUCCCCUGAUGGAGCCCUCCAUCACUGCCAGUCUGGACCUGUUCGCCCCCUUCGGCAGCAGCCCAGCCAACGGCAAGGCCCAGCUCAAGGGCCCCUUUGGAAAUGCGUUACUGGGGAACAUCCCAGACUACUACUCUCAGCUGCUCACCAAGAGUAACCUUAGUAAUCCACCGACACCCCCGUCUUCCCUGCCCCCCACACCACCCCCCUCGGUGCAGCACAAAUUGCUCAACGGGGCUACAGCUGUGGAGGAGCUGACUGAGGAACAGGAAACAGAGGACACUAUGGAUUCUGUGACUGAGGAGGUGAAGAGUGUGGAUAUUUUAGCUGCGCUCCCCACCCCACCUCACAACCAGAACGAGGACAUCAGGAUGGAAAGUGAUGAGGACAGCGACGCUCCAGACAGUAUUGUCCCAGCAUCCUCUCCUGAGUGUGACUUAGGUGACGAGGCGCUACGCUUCCCGCGCUUCCGAGAACCCAAAGAGGAGGAGAUGGAGAGAACCAUCUCCCCUACCAUACCACUCAUCCCCUGCACUGCCAUCCCUGUGUUUCCAGAGAACAAGCCAUUUGAAGCAGCUGAUGGCAAGGCGGUGUCUACAACCAACCCCUGGGACGAAGCCAAGAGCAACGAGGUUGCUGUGACCUUCACACUGUCCUCCGCUGCAGCCAAGAAUCUGAACCAUGUGAUGGUGGUGGUGGCUCAGCUGCUGCACAUACGGAUGCCUGGUUCCUAUGAGGUAGCUUUCUCUCCCAGCCCAGGCAGGGCAGGAGCCUCAGGACCUGGCAAAGAACCCGUACAACCAGGUGCCCUGUGUGUGAAGACUGGUGGUAUAGAAGGUAGUUCACCCAGCCAGAAUGCAGAGUGGCUGAGACAGUUUGAUAUUUCUCUGCCAGGCUGCACUCUGAAGAAACAGGUGGACAUCCUCUCACUCAUCAAACAGGAGUUGCCGGAGCAGGAGGACAAACCUGUUCAGCACUGUUAUACAACUAACGUGUCUGACCUGGAUGUACACCACCUUCCUGUCAUCCCUGUUGAAGACUCCCCGCCCUCCUCUCCUUCUCCUCCACCUCCUGCCCCUGCUCUUACUAGUGAGCCUGAGACUGAGCCUCCAACCCAGCCAGCCUCCCCCUCCACCACCCAGCCACCAUCUCCCUCUCAAGCUCCCUCCAGCCCUGCUCAGACCACCAUUCAGGUCAAAACAGAGCCUGCCACCCCCCCUGUUCAGAUCAAAAUGGAGCCUGACGCUGAAGCCAUCCUUCCUCCUCCUGAUGCUAGUGCUGAGGCAGACUAUGAUGCCAAGCCUGCUGACCAGCCAGCCCCCAGGAUCCCCACCUCCCCAACCCCCAGCCUGGAGGUUACCUCCCCCAAGGUCAAGCACCGCAGCAGGCCCCUCUCCCCCGACCCUGAGGAGAUGGUGGUCCGGCCCAAGGUGAAGAAGUGGAAGGGCCUCCGCUGGAAGCGUCUCCAGAUCGUCAUCACCAUCCGUAAAGGAGGUUCCAAGAAGGAGAGCAGCCGCGGGGUCUCAGAGCUCAUGGAGCGUCUCCGCAUCACCCUGAGACCUGACAAGCUGCCCCGGGACAAACGCAAGUGCUGCUUCUGCCACGAGGAGGGCGAUGGCGCCACAGACGGCCCCGCCAGGCUCCUCAACAUCGAUGUGGACCUGUGGGUUCAUCUCAACUGCGCCCUGUGGAGCACGGAGGUGUACGAGACGCAGGGAGGCGCGCUGAUGAACGUAGAAAUGGCGUUGAGGCGCGGUCUCCGCACCCGCUGUGCCUGUUGCCAGAAGACUGGUGCUACCAACAGCUGCAACCGCCUGCGCUGCCCCAACGUCUACCACUUCACCUGCGGCAUCCGGGCCCGCUGCAUGUUCUUCAGGGACAAGACCAUGCUGUGCACCCAACACAAACUGAAAGGACCCAGCGAGGAGGAGCUGACGGGCUUCGCCGUGUUCCGCCGCGUUUACAUCGAGAGAGACGAGGUCAAGCAGAUCGCCAGUAUCUUACAACGCGGCGACCGCAUCCACCUGUUCCGCGUAGGUGGCCUCAUCUUCCACGCCGUAGGUCAGCUGCUGCCAUCUCAGAUGCAAGCCUUCCACUCCCCGACCGCCAUCUUCCCCGUGGGCUUCGAGGCUACCAGGAUCUACUGGAGCACGCGGGUGCCUAAUCGCCGGUGUCGGUAUCGUUGCCGUAUCAGCGAGACGGAGGGAAGGCCGAUGUUCGAGGUACGGGUGCUGGAGCAUGGACAGGAGGACCUGCACUACCGCGACACCAGCCCAGAAGGAAUCUGGGACAGAGUGGUUCAGUCUGUAGCUAAGCUGAGAGAAGAGUCUGCCAUGCUGAAACUGUUCACUGAUCACGUGAAGGCAGAGGAGAUGUACGGCCUCACUGUCCACGCCGUGCUGCGCAUCACUGAGUCGUUGCCUGGAGUGGAGAACUGCCAGAACUAUGUGUUCCGUUAUGGUCGCCACCCUCUGAUGGAGCUGCCCCUCAUGAUCAACCCCACUGGCUGCGCCCGUUCCGAACCCAAGAUCCUCACACACUGCAAGAGGCCUCACACCCUGAACAGUACGUCCAUGUCCAAGGCCUACCAGAGCACCUUCACCGGCGAGAUCAACACCCCCUACAGCAAGCAGUUUGUCCACUCCAAGUCCUCCCAGUACCGGCGCCUGAAGACCGAGUGGAAGAACAACGUUUACCUGGCCCGGUCCCAGAUCCAGGGCCUGGGGCUAUACGCUGCCAAGGACCUGGACAAACACACCAUGGUCAUCGAGUAUAUAGGAACCAUCAUCCGCAACGAGGUGGCCAACCGCCGCGAGAAGAUCUAUGAGGAACAGAACCGUGGGAUCUACAUGUUCCGCACCAAUAACGAGCAUGUGAUCGAUGCCACUCUGACCGGCGGUCCUGCUCGCUAUGUCAACCACUCCUGUGCGCCCAACUGUGUUGCCGAGGUGGUUACGUUUGACAAAGAGGACAAGAUCAUCAUCAUCUCCAGUCGCAGGAUCCCCAAGGGAGAAGAGCUGACGUACGACUAUCAGUUUGACUUUGAGGACGAUCAGCACAAGAUCCCUUGCCACUGCGGAGCCUGGAAUUGCCGAAAGUGGAUGAACUAAACUAACUGUGAGAAAUGGAGAGGGAAAAAAAUAUGUAUCUUUCUCCCCGGUGCCAGAACACUACUGCGCCAAAGCCUUUAGAAUAUUGCUACUACUACCCAGUACAUAAGCUGUUCGUAAGCUGUUCGUAAGCUGUUCGUAAGCUGUUCGUAAGCUGUUCGUAAGCUGACGAACGAGGAGGGAAACUGACCUCCAAAACAAUAAGACUAAGACGUUUGCAUUCACACCUGUAGCCAAAGGUUUGAAGAGCAUUAUGGAUAUACAAGCAAACAAACCACCUGUAUUGACAUCCAGUCGAAUGAUGGGACAGUCUUUUUGCGGAUGAACUGUGUCCUCUCUGCCAAAAGCAACUCUUUCCUCUACCUACUGCUACCCCUUCAGUAACUAUGGAUGGAAUUACAAUCCUCUCCACAUCUACCAAAUGUUCAGAUUCUACGUGAUAUGAAUACUCUCUUAGGGCAGACCUUACCUUGAGCUUUGAUGAAAGCCAUUUUAAGUACUAAUAAAUAACUAAUGCAUUUUAAAAAAAGGCAGACCUAUCCUCCUCCUCCUGCACUCCCCCCUUCCUACCCCCAAGGAAAAUAUACGUUCCCAUCGUCAUUGGUGAAGAUUGACUUCCCAACGUGGAUAUUAUUGGCUAGCUAGACAAUCCUGAAGACAGUGGCUCUGAGUGUGUAGAGAAGAACUAUGUAUCGUUGAGAGGCAGAAGAGAAAGAUGUCAAAUACUAUGAAAGUUGUGGCUCCAGAGGCACCAGACAGACAGGUGUUUUAUUCUUGUCCUGACUAAAGGAGUUUAAAGGUGGGUUAGUUGGACCCUCAGUCUACCUCAUUAAUCUAGUGGGAAGUGACUGCUUACUUUGUAUAAAUACUGUUAACUGCUACUGUGGAGGGGGGGAGAUAAUGUUGUUUUCAUUAGGCUAAUACUAUAUAGCCUUCUCGGACAAGCAGGGAAACUUUAACUAACAGCAGGUUUGUUCUCUUCUAUGCUGAUGAUCAUUUUACAAUAAUUAGCCAACAAUCCUAUUAUUAAUUAAUGAUGUAUACAGACAAAAGGAAUUAUAUGACCGUUUAUUGGUUAAGCCAUCACAUUAAGAUCAAUCACAAGCUUAAUAGGUGUCUUUAAAUGACUCCUGAUCAUCCUGGAUUCUAUGUAUCUUUUCUUGUUUUUCCUUUGUGUGGGAAUUGACACAAUAACAGUUACCCUUGUGUUGCUGAGGACUGAGAGGGAGAGAUUGGUGUGAAUGAUUGUUGCUUACACAGCUUCAGUAUGUAAAGUGAAGCAGGAUCACACCGCUAAUUGAACAAGUCUUUGGCAAGACGAUCAAGUCCAACUAAUGAGUGAAGGAAAUGUAAUGUACGCUUGCUGCUUAAUGCCUUUAAGUCACACAUUAAGCAAAAAGCUUAAUGAUGCAAGACUAGACUACUAUCCCAUUUGUUUUUCACCUUUUAGUCCUUCAAAUCCCAUCUGCAUUGAUCUUUUCUUGAAUGACCAUCAACCAUGAAUCUAGCCUCUUCCUCUCUUUAUCAUGUAGUGGACUGUUGUAAACUUUACUGUAGUGAGUCUUUCCCUGCCUGUCUUACCACACCACAGCUAGGUGUAUUUCUAAAGGUCCCUGUAUUGUGGUUUUCUAGUGGUAGUACGGUCUUCUAUACUGGAAGCUUGAAGAAAUGGCAGGGGAAGACUUGUUUAAAAAAAAAAGGGCAUUUUUCUAUGAAAGUAAAUCUUUAAAGAAAGUAUGUGGGGGUUCUGAGGUCUCCAUGACGACGUCUCCCUUCUACUUGUACUCCUACCUUGACCUCACAUAAGAAAAAUGCAAAAGUGUACAAACUGUAUAUUAUAUACUAUAGGGGGCAAAAAACUAUCAACCCCUUUUUAAUCAAUAAAAAUCUAAAAUUGUAGAGAAAUAAAGUUGAUUUAAAAAUCUACCACUGGAUAUCAUUUUAUGAGAGAUUAAGCUGUGUGUGUAUAUAAGGAACUAUGUAAUAUCUAUGUAAAUGAACCAGUGUUUUUGCAUUGACCUGUUUUUCUAUUAGCGUUUUUUGCUAUAAGAUUUCAAAGACAGUUUGUUAAAAUAGGUAUGUGGACACGGCUGGGCUUCUCCGAUGACUUGGACGAGAAGCCACGGGUGGAAUAAAUGUUGAUCCAUUAUGGAAAGUUGUCAUGAUUAUUACAUGAGAAAUCACUUACUGUGUAAAAGGAGUACAACGGUGCAUAACACUUUGUCAAUUUAGUUUUUAUUUAUGCUACUGCUUGUCGUUACCAAAACCUAUCUAUACCUUGGUCAUCAUUGGAUUAUAAGUAAAUGGAAAAUCUUCAACUCUUCCUUGACUGAGAUAAUUAAAUAUGAUUGGUGUUUUAUUUUUAUCUUCCCUAUAGAAGUGAACGUGUUGGUAUAUCUUGUGAAAACUGCUAAUCGGCCUGUAUGUCAACUAAAUAUUCAAAGUGAACUCCGUACUUCCCCUACCUGAGAAUAAAUUGCACUCUCAAUAGUAAAUUAAUGGAGUAAUUCUCAAAAAGUUGAGGUAGUGAUUGCCAUUUUUUUCUUGGUAUAUUUAUAUUUCAAGGAAAGACCAUGAGACAUUUUGAAGCUCACUGAAUUUCAGCCUAAAUAAUUUAAAGAUUUCUAAAAAAAUUUUUUUACCUAACCUACUUUAAAAAAAAGUUUGUUACAGCAGCGCUUUUAGGGAAUAUAAAAGUUUGGCAUGUUUUGUAUGAAUAUAAUUUUGAAUUGUACAUUUUUUUGGACAACGGCAGAGGUUACAGCUUUUCCCAUUUCUUUCUCUGCUUUUUUUUCUUGUAAAGGAAAAUAAAAUGCAUUUUAAAUAAA